AUGGAAGGUGUCGAUUUUUUAUCUUUCUGGAAGGGUGAGGCGGCUCGGUUACCUGAGCCCGCACCACGCGGGGCCGCGGCUUUCCGUCAGCAAGGCCCAGGCGUGGCCGAGGAAUGGAGGAGCCCGCGUCGCCUCCUCGCGCCGCUCCCUUCACACUGGACAGUGCGGGCCGGAGCCGUGGGACCGCCCCUGUCAGGCUCCGUCUCCGCCUCUCUCCGCUCCGCCUUCCUCCUUCCUUUUUCCUCCUCCUCCUCCAACGCCGCCGGCGCUCGAGUUCCAAUCCUUCCUCCUCCGCCCUCCUCAGCCUCCUCCCCUCAGGGCGGCCGCCGGCCCCUUCAAGAACCAAAACACAAACACUCCAGCCCCGGCGCCGCAGCAACUUCCGCCGCCCGGCGCCGACCCGCCGCCACGUCGCCGCACGCAGCAAGUUACGUCCUUUCGUCACUUCCGGUCGAUCGAGGUCUUUUCUUCCUGGGUUGGAUGGAUCGACGAAGAGCAUCCCGGAUCCAGGAAGCCAGACAGAGGCCGAACGGUUGCCCCGAGUUGGAGGCCAUCCUGGGCUCCGAAGGAGUUCCAGCCCGCCUGUAUUUCACAGCGAGACCCUGUGUCAAAAACACAAUAAGAAUUACCCCAUUAUGCUUGUACUGUGAGUCUUACAUUCUGAAAUCAACUUGUCGCUUGUUUCCCUACUUUACGGUGCUAACCUCCCCAAAGUGAUUCUCACCACUGUAAACCGGGUCCAGAACAGUGGCUGGCAGCCUGGCGUCUUAAGUUACUGUUGAGGUAUUGAUGAAUGAGGCGUACCUAUUUUAUACGUGUGGAAUUUGAGGCAGAAAAGAUUGACUGAGUAGCUUGUUCACGAUCAUGCCUAUUUGAUGCUGGAUUUUUUUUUUCUUGAGACGGUUUCCUUAUGUAGUUCAGGCUGGCCUGUAGCUCUUGGUGAUCCUCCUGCCUCUGCCUAUGGAGUGCUAGGGUUACAGGCACGCCACCAUGACUGGCGACCAAGCUGGACUAAUCAGCAGACUGGCUCCAGAAGUGCGUUCUUAGGCUUCUUGUGAAGUAUAAUACAAGAUGUUGAAUAUCCUCCACAGCAAACCUAGUAAAGCCAUGAUUAAACAAACAAACAAAAAAAAAGACCGAGCGGGGGUAAUUUCAACUCUACAGUUUCUGGCAAGAUGUCUAAAACUAAGCUAAAAAAUUCAUAAUUUAAUAAAAUUAUCUAAAAGAAUGAAAAUUGAUUUCCCCUUAGAAUGAAGGGUACUUUUUA